AUGGGGGUGCGGGUGGGAGGGGGCAGAGCUGGUCCCCUUUCCCAGAAUCAAUCUCUCUGUCUCUCCCUGUCUCUGUCUCUCUCUCUGUCUGUGUCUCUGUCUUUCUCUCCCUCCUCACUCUCUCCCUGGCCCCCAUCCCCAAUUUCUUCCUCACCCCUUCCUCUAUUUCUUUCCCUUUCCAUCCUCUCAGUCUCUCUCUUCCCAUCUGUCUCUCCUCCCCCUUCUCUGGAUGACUAUCUCUUCUUACUCCUAUUCCCUUCUGUUGCCCAGACCCGGACCCCUCUUCUUCUCUCCUCCCCACACCCUCCCCCAGCCUCCCCCUACCCCUCUAUUUCUCCCUCAUCUCUUGCUGUUCUCUCUCUGUCUCUCUUCCUGCUUCUGUCCCUUCUCUCUCUGGAUAUUUCUCUCUGUGUGUGUCUCCUCAACUUCCUUCUGCUACCAGUCACUGCCUCCCCCAAAUUCUUCCCUCCCCCACCUCUGUUCUCAGUCUCUGGGUCUCUCUCUCUUUCCGAUCUCCUUGUCUCUCUCCGUCUCCCUCCCUCUCUGGAUCUAUCUCUCUUCUUCCUCAGCUUCCUUCUGCCACUCAGACCCCGCUCCCCAACCGCUUCCCUUCCCCCCCUCAUCCCUCUCCUCUCGGAGGCUCCCCCAUCCCUCAGCAGCUCCCCUCCCCCUCCCUCCCUCCUCCCUCCUUCUCUCUUCCAGCUCCGCACUUUACCCAGCGACACGAGAACCAAAUUGUCUCCUCACCUUUUUUUUUUAAAGCCCGACCCUCUCAUCCUGACGGCCCAAGCUCCGAGCUACCCCCCAGCUCCCCUCCCCCUUACUCUACACCCCCAUUCUUCGUACGCCUCCUCAUCUCCAUCCCCUCUCAACCAGGUCGGACGCCUGGGUCCCUUGCUGCUGGGGGAGGGGGGAGCAGAGAGAAUUGGGAAGCCCAGAGGUGUUUCUGGGGGGAGGGGUGCUGGCAGCAGGGGCUGGACGUCCCUCCCCAGUGCAUCGGAGAGUUGACCUAUCAUUAACUGAGCUGGAGACCAUGGCUUCACUCUGACCUCCGCCUCUGCAGCCACCUGCUCGCUGCCCCCGUCCCCUCUGGCCCCUCGAGGCCCCCGCUUCUGCCUGUGUUGUGACCCCCCCAGCCGCAGGCACGGCCCCACCUCCGCUG